GCCCAAUAACCAAAACCUAACACACCAUAUUCAAACUCUGCUUCCCCCAUCAACCUCCUCAUUUAUCCGUACCUUGCCUUCAACCCAUUCGGUUCUUCCGAUUGCCUCUAUUUUCACUAUGUUUGCUUCAUUCAUUUGUUAGUCUUUUGUUCUGUCGCUCAUCAUCGCGUUGUUCAAACGUACCAUCGUCGCUUAUUCGCCCGUAAUCGUCGUUUACCCAAGGUCAAUGGCAUCGGCGUCCGAUGUUUGCUUAUUCGAACAGUCAAAUGAAUACGAUGGUUGAGGCACGACUAAGAGUCGGUUUGAAGGAAAUUGGGAAGCUUAUAUGAGAAUCUGAGUUUGCAUGGACGUUCGGAAACCGCUGAAGAAAGUGUUGGAAAAACCCUAUGAGGUGGAACUGAGAGCAAGAGGGGGGGGGGACCUCGUCCUUCAGGGGGGAAACAAAUGGCUGGUUCAAGAGGGAUCCUCGUCAAAAGGUAUGGGGAUGAAGCAACAAGAUAUUGCUCAGGGCAGAGAGGGUGCAAUGGCGAGGCAAACGGGGGCCAUUGUUGUGAUUAAUCUCGGGAAGAAAAAGACGGGGAAAGCUAAAGUCGCUGAUGCAGAGGGGGUCUUUGCAAACCAGAAAUGCAGGAGGCUGUGGGAGGCGUAGGAACAUGAAGACAUGAGUGGAUAUGUCAUGGCUCUGAAUGAGUCAAAAACGGGGAGGAGGCGGGUUCUGGGCGCAAGACUCGCUGGGAGUUCUGAAGUAGCUUUAUGGAUGGACAGGAGAGCGGAAGUUCCUUAUAAUUUUGGGGACGCACCAUAAGUUUAAUUAUGUCAUUUUAAUUUUUGACGUUUACCUUGAUCAUGUUUUCAUUUUCGCUUUUUAUUUCUUGUUCCGUCAGACUCUUGCAUUAGGAUUGGGUGAUGAGAGGUUUGUUUUGACCGCCUGUGACUCAAUUAUACUCAUUACAAGAGCAACGAGUUAUAUUGUUUUCUUGAACUUGAUUGACUCUAAGUCUGGUUCGAGGGUUGGCGGUUGGGCGUGGUCUUUUUGCCUAUUUG